AUGGCCAAAGCAAAAGCUGCCGCUGUUGCGCCAGGUAGCAACUGGGCUGCUCUGCAGACAAAGCUCACUUCCUCGAGCCCUGGCCCGCGGUCCUCGACGACCCCCAAACCCCGAGGCGGUCCGAGCAUCAUGUCUGGUGAACUAUCAAGCAAGCAGCGGAAGAGGAUGAUGCGGCAGGGUAUAGGAGAGUACGCGAGCGGGAUGAGCGAAAAGGUUGGAGAAUCUUCCUCGGCAGGGCAGACGGUCGGCGUGAAUGUACCAGCGCACACGAAGGAAUCUGUCAUGCUCUUGCCUGUCCCGGAGGACUGCACGGAUCGGAGGUUGGUUGAAGAGUUGAGGGUGAUGGUGACUGGAAAAGGAGUCUUGGGCGAGGCGAAGAAAGCACCUGGUACAUACAUCGCGCUCGACUGCGAGAUGGUCGGUCUCGGUCCACUAGGCUCCGAAUCCUGCCUCGCCCGGAUCUCCGUCGUCAAUUAUCAUGGGCACGUCCUGCUCGACACCUUUGUCCAGCCCCGCGAGACCGUCACGGAUUGGCGAACCUGGAUCUCCGGUAUCCGCGCAUCCGAUGUCGUCGGCGCGCCCCAGUUCGAGACGGUCCAGAAACAAGUAUCGGAGCUAUGCGAGGGGAGGGUCGUUGUCGGCCAUGCGAUUGAAAACGAUAUGAAGGCGUUGCUUCUGAGUCAUCCGGGACCGAUGACGAGGGACACGCAGCAGUGCAAGCCGCUGAGGGAGAAGGCGAAGACGAAGCGGCCGGGGUUGAAGAGGUUGGCGGAGAUGGAACUGGGGAUUAAGAUACAGACGGGGGCACAUAGUUCGGUGACCGAUGCUAGGGCGACGAUGGCGCUUUAUCGACUUCACAAGACGGUCUGGGAACAACAAGUCCGGUCCAUCACCGAGACAUACCGCGAGAAGAUGGGGUUACCCAGUAUCGGUGCUGGUAAAGGCAAGGAGAAGGCCUCUUCUGCCGUCCUGAACGAGACCGACCCACCCGCCAAAGGCGGCAAGCGAAAGCGGAACGUUGCGGAAGAGAACGAGGAUGAGGGCGCUGAGACAGCCAACUUGGAGGACGAGGGCGGAUUACUGCACGCUGCAGCCACGGAGGACAACCGCAAGAAGAAGAAGUUGAGGAAACAGGCGGCGGCGGCGGGUGGGUUGGGCGAAGGGGGAGGGCAGAAGGGGAUCAGCAGUGGUGUGACGGAGGUGAUCAGGCACAAGGAUGGGACCAGAGAAGUCAGGGGGAGGAAAGGGGCGGGUGGGGGAGGGGGUGGGGGAGGCGGAGGAGGCGGGAAUUGGUGGGAGGACGAUGCGGGAUCAUGA